GCAACAUUGCUCUCAACUUUCCUGCGACAACUGUUCGGUUCAACGACUGUCCAGGUACAGUCUACUACUUCCACUAUAUCGACAAUCAGGGUCGGCACCACGAAGUCACUUCGGCUUGUCCAGCUUCAAUUCAUUCCAUGCAACAGCAAUGCCCCUCGUGGACCCGGUAACAAUGUCCUCAUCAGCGAUCGUUAAGGGCGCCGUAGCCCAGUCGGCCUCAACAACGAAAGCUACGUCCGGAAGUCAAGGGACAGAUUCGACGACAACGACAGCUGGUGCUAGCAGCUCGCUGGCGACACUGCGACCCGUUCACAUCAAGCAAACACCGGCUGCUCAGACCGUCCGCCAUGCCCUACCGGCCGCCUUGACCGCCUUGUACCUGCUUCGAUUCGACGCCCUCGUCGCCGAUCCCGUCCCAGUGAUGCGCAACGCCUUGCCUGUCGUUGCGGCUCUCCAGAUGACCUAUGCGCUUCUCUGCCUGCCUGCCGCGGGUGAGCCGGCGUCAAAGUCGAACCGGAAACCCCGGCCGGGCGAGAAGAAGAAGGGCGGCGACAUUGGGUCGAGCACGAUCAUUACCGCACUUCUAGCCUCCGUUUUGACCUUCGUCGCUACUCCCUUCCUAUACUUCGCUAUGGUCCUCUUCGGCGCACCUUUCCUCACGCACGGAUCUCAUACCUUCCUGUGCGCCGCACACCUCGCCCUCCUCACGCUCUUCCCGCUCUUCUACGUACACGGCGUCGACACGGCCGCCUGGGCUGCGAUCGGCGGAUUCCGCGCACCGCUCGAUGAGACCUUUGGCGGUCUGGUGGGCGGCCUUGUGGGCGCGUGGCUGGGCGCUGUGCCUAUUCCGCUUGAUUGGGACCGCGAGUGGCAGAAGUGGCCGGUUACCAUUCUCUGUGGUGUUUAUGGAGGAUACUUGCUUGGCAGGGUUCUGGGAGGAACACUUUUCUGGGGGAAGAGGUUCUGAGUUGAGGAGGGGGAGGUUUCUCAAGAGCUGGGCAUCCUUCAAUCAAGGAGUCCUUCUCUAUUCCCGGUUAUCCGCUACCUAACUUCCACCUUAUCUUCAUGGAGGUAAUUGUUGGCAUGGCGUAGGCAUCUGGGGGUGUGACAUGGUCGGCUGUUGGACUGCUGAUA